AUGGAAAGCUGUUGAGAUGAUUAAUAACCAUGGAGUCGGAACUCCGCGACCUGAAUUCAAAACCGCCCAGACAACCCGACCCGAUUAGGGACGACCGUCCUCUCCUCAAGUCCGUCUCCUUCUCCGCCGCCGCCACUUCCACCGACGAACUGGAGAAGAAAUUCGCGGCGUUCGUGAGGCGCGAUGCGUACGGAACCAUGGGACGCGGCGAGUUACCGACGCGGGAAAAGGUGUUGCUUGGCGUUGCACUCGUGACGCUGGUUCCGUUGAGGGUGGUUGCUGUCAUGAUCAUCUUGUUGUUGUAUUACUUGAUUUGUAGGGUUUGCACGAUUUGCUUGGUCCCUAAUCGAGAGCAGGAACAAGAGGAUUUCGCGCACAUUAUCGGGUGGAGAAGAAUCGUCAUUGUUCAGUGUGGUAGAGCCCUCUCUAGGCUCAUGCUUUUCGUUCUAGGGUUUUAUUGGAUCACCCAAUCCUAUCGUAUUCCUCAUCUUCAUGAAGACCCUACCACCAUUCGGGAGAACAGAGGUCAGCUUGAAGAUAUGGGAAGACCCGGUGUAAUAGUUUCAAAUCAUGUGUCAUAUUUGGAUAUUUUGUAUCACAUGUCUUAUUCGUUCCCAAGUUUUGUUGCGAAGAGAUCAGUGGCUAAACUUCCUCUUGUUGGUCUCAUCAGUAAGUGCCUUGGUUGUGUCUAUGUCCAACGGGAAUCAAAGUCAUCAGACUUUAAGGGCGCUUCAGCUGUUGUCACCGAAAGAAUUCGAGAAGCUCAUCAAAAUACAUCUGCUCCAAUAAUGAUGUUAUUUCCAGAAGGUACAACCACAAGUGGGGACUUUCUCCUUCCAUUCAAGACUGGUGGCUUUUUAGCCAAAGCACCAGUACUUCCUGUAAUAUUAAGUUACCACUACCAGAGACUUAGUCCUGCCUGGGAUUCCAUAUCUGGGGUGCGCCAUGUGAUUUUUAUUCUGUGUCAAUUUGUAAAUUAUAUGGAGGUGACACGAUUACCUACUUACUAUCCCUUGCAGCAGGAGAAGGAUGAUCCCAAACUAUUUGCUAAUAAUGUGAGAAGGUUGAUGGCUAGUGAGGGUAAUUUGAUACUUUCAGAUGUUGGGCUUGCUGAAAAACGAAUAUAUCACGCUGCUCUCAAUGGUUUGUUUUCCCAAUGCUAAUUCGGCUUCAUGGUCAGUGUGUUCACUGUAGGGCUGUAUGAUGAAAGAAAAAGAUGGUAUAGAAAACCCUGU